UUUAUAAUUCGCAAAAAGAUUUAGAAUUCUAGAAAUUAGGCAUAACUAACUCACGACAAUGGCUUCCACAAUCUGCAUAUCAUAAUCCACCUUUUUCCGUUUUUUUCCAUAAUUACUUUGUUUGAUGUGUUUAAUCCGCACCGUUUCUCAAUUUGCCGGUCUCCCACUCACAUACCUACCUUUAUCAGACAUGGUAAGAAGAGUUAUGAUUCGUUGACUUCACAAGACUUGUUCAAACAGACACGUGGCACUACAUUAUUCGUUAUUCUAACCAAAAAAAAUAUUGAAUCAUGAAACCACCGUGAGAGACAAAUUCCAUUCACUCUCUCUCUCUCUCUCUUCCUUUCUUCUCAUUUUUCAAGGACGACGGAGCCACGGUGGAGUUGACUCCGCUUAAACCCCCUCCGUCGCCACCGGCGUUCUUCAAUUUCAAACCCCAAUCCACCACCCAUGGAUCGAUCUUCCCUCCUCCUUCUCCUCUUUACCACCACCACCAUCUCUAUAUUCUUCUUCGAUCUAACCACCGCCGAUGAAUCGCCGAUGAUUUUCCCUCUUAGCUACUCUUCCUUACCACCGCGACCGCGAGUCGAGGAUUUUCGCCGCCGUCGCCUUCAUCAAUCUCAGCUCCCUAACGCUCACAUGAAACUCUACGAUGACCUCCUCUCCAACGGCUACUACACUACACGAUUAUGGAUUGGAACACCACCACAAGAGUUUGCUUUGAUUGUUGAUACUGGAAGUACUGUUACUUACGUUCCUUGCUCUACUUGUAAACAGUGUGGGAAGCAUCAGGAUCCAAAGUUUCAACCAGAGUUAUCUACUAGUUACCAAGCUUUGAAGUGUAAUCCUGAUUGUAAUUGUGAUGAUGAGGGGAAAUUAUGUGUCUACGAAAGAAGGUAUGCGGAGAUGAGUUCGAGUAGCGGGGUUUUGAGUGAGGAUUUGAUAUCUUUUGGUAAUGAGAGUCAACUUUCUCCGCAACGAGCUGUUUUCGGAUGUGAGAAUGAGGAGACUGGUGAUCUUUUUAGCCAACGUGCUGAUGGUAUAAUGGGGUUAGGUCGUGGUAAGCUUAGCGUUGUAGAUCAGCUUGUCGAUAAGGGUGUUAUCGAGGAUGUUUUUUCCUUGUGUUAUGGAGGAAUGGAAGUUGGUGGUGGUGCUAUGGUUCUUGGUAAAAUAUCUCCUCCACCUGGAAUGGUGUUUUCUCAUUCUGAUCCUUUCCGCAGUCCGUAUUACAACAUUGACCUGAAACAAAUGCAUGUUGCUGGAAAGUCUCUAAAGCUAAACCCAAAGGUCUUCAAUGGAAAGCAUGGAACCGUCUUGGAUAGUGGAACAACAUAUGCUUAUUUUCCCAAGGAAGCAUUUAUUGCCAUUAAGGAUGCGGUCAUUAAGGAAAUUCCAUCUCUCAAACGGAUCCAUGGUCCAGACCCAAAUUAUGAUGAUGUUUGUUUCUCUGGCGCUGGAAGGGAUGUGGCUGAGAUACACAAUUUUUUUCCUGAGAUUGCUAUGGAAUUUGGAAAUGGUCAGAAACUGAUUCUUUCUCCCGAGAACUACUUAUUCAGGCACACUAAAGUUAGAGGCGCAUACUGCCUUGGAAUCUUUCCUGAUAGGGAUUCAACAACACUCCUAGGAGGAAUUGUUGUUCGCAAUACUCUUGUCACCUAUGAUCGUGAGAAUGAUAAGCUCGGGUUUCUGAAGACCAACUGUUCUGAUAUAUGGAGGAGGCUGGCGGCACCAGAAUCUCCUGCACCUACUUCACCAAUAUCCCAAAAUAAAAGUUCUAACAUUUCUCCAAGCCCUGCUACAAGCGAGUCUCCUACCUCUCAUCUUCCAGGUGUUUUCCGGGUUGGAGUUAUUACCUUCGAAGUAUCAAUUAGUGUGAACAAUUCUUCAUUGAAGCCCAAGUUCUCAGAGAUCGCUGAUUUCAUUGCCCAUGAGUUAGACAUUCAAAGUGCACAGGUUCGCUUGCUGAAUUUCUCGUCUAGUGGAAAUGAGUAUCGCCUGAAAUGGGGAGUCUUUCCCCCACAAUCUUCCGAGUACAUUUCCAACACUACGGCAUUGAACAUAAUGUUGCUUCUGAAAGAAAACCGGUUACGCCUACCUGGACAAUUUGGAAGCUACAAGUUGCUAGAAUGGAAAGCUGAGCAAAAGAAGAAACAGAGCUGGUGGGAGAAACACUUACUUGGUGUGGUGGGAGGAGCGAUGAUAUCGUUGCUUGUUACUUCGGUGAUGAUCAAACUUGCAUUGGUGUGGAGACGGCGAAAGCAAGAAGAAGCUACUUAUGAGCCUGUAAAUGCUGCUAUUAAAGAACAAGAACUUCAGCCUCUCUCCUCUGAAACAUCUAAUGCCUGAGCCUCCUCAUCACUCAUAGAGUCUCUUUACGGUCUCUCGCUCUUUAUAUAUAUUUAUAUAUUUGAUAGAAAGAAAAUGAAACCCCAGAACACAGGAAACAAGAUUCCUCAAAUUAAAAACACUUUUGAUUUCAAGUAAAUUGAUGUAGUUAUUACGCUAUUUUGAUGUACAAGGAAAGAAAGAAAAUAGAGAGAAAAAUGGUUGGAAUGUAUUUGGAAGGCUUAUUGGCGUGAGGGUUUAAUUUGGUUUGUGAGAGAUAUGUGUUUAAGUGAUAUUUUAUGAUUUUAUUGAGAAAUUAAAUUUAGUGAAUUUAAGUGAUAUUUUAUGAUUUUUAGUUGUU